AUGCAUCUCCAGCUGAUCCCCAAGCGAAUCCCCGGAGUCAGCGGCGCCUGUGCACGCGGAAGUCAACAACCAGAGCGAGCGUGCCUGGAGGCUUCCACCCGGAAGGAGCCUUUCUCCGCCUGCUGGGGCUGCCCCCGCCCCAAGUCUCGCCUCGCUGAGCGCGGAGGGGCCGGACUACAUUUCCCGUCAGGCGGCGCGGCUGCGCGGAGGCGGCCUGGGCUGGGGAGGAUGCCUUCGGCGGCGGAGGCGGAGGAGGGUCCCGCUUGCCGGCCGCGGCUGUGCGGCUACCUGGAGCGGCUGUCGGGGAAGGGCCCGCUGCGGGGCUUCCGGAGCCGCUGGUUCGUGUUCGAGCCGGGCCGCUGCGCGCUCUUCUACUUCAAGGGCCCCCACGAGCGCCUCCCCCUCGGCCGCCUCGACCUCGCCCGCGCCGCCUUCACGCUGCCCGCCCCGCCCCACCACGCCGCCUUCGAGGUCCACGCGCCCGGCGCCGCCGUCACCGUCCUCAAGGCUGCGACGCAGCAGGACAUGUCUUACUGGCUGCAGGAGCUGCAGCAGAGAAGGUGGGAAUACUGCAACGGCCUGGAUCCCGCUCAGAGGGACGGCAGGACAUCCCCCACCCCCAGCAACUUCUCCAAGGGGCUUGUGGCCAAAGACAACGCAGAUCUGAGCCUCGUGCCUCCAGAUGCCUCGGCGGAGAAGGCCAGAACCGUCCUGGCGGUGGAGACAGCCCCCCCGCAGCUGGUGGGGGAGCAAGCGGCCUCCCAUCCCAUCCCGGGACAGCCGAAUGCCCUUAACUUUGCCUUGAAGCAGUGGGGGAACGAGAUCAG